AUGAAUAUCCCGUCGUUACUUGGUGACGGUCAGGGUCAUUAUAGAGUUCAUGUUGUGGGCAAUAGUGGCACUGGCAAGUCGACCGUAAGUGCGUAUAUUGCCACUAAACUCGAUGUGCCACAUAUCUCUUUGGAUGCACUUUUCUGGGGACCCGGGUGGGUAAUGCCUUCGAAUGAUGAGUUCAAGGAGAGAGUUUCCACUGCGAUGACACGCCACUCCAAGGGAUGGGUCAUCGACGGCAACGGCAGUGAGAGCGCCACGCUGAUAUCGGAUCAUGCAACAGAUGUCAUUUGGCUUGAUCCCCCUCUAUGGUUCUACUUGCCACGAGUCUUUUGGCGUACGCUUCUUCGCCUGUUGAACAUAAUCCCAACCUGUGCGGAAGGGUGCGACGAAACUUGGGGAGAGGUGCUAUCUACGAAAGGUAUCAUCUGGUACUGCAUUUCCCGCCAUAAGUAUUCCAAGCGCAAGUUCGGCGAAAUGCUCGCUCAUACCUCGAUUGAAAAAGGAGGGAAGAUGAGGCGCCUGAAUGAGUGGGACGGCGAUUUGACGCUGUGGAAGGCUGGCCUCGAGGAGAUGCUGCGCACACACUAA